UUUAAACCAUUUGCGUCAGGAUCAUGGAAAACAUUAAUCACAAAUAGAAUCGCGCGCAAAAAUUCACCAGAAAAAAGGGCGAUACCGUAUACCUUGUGUAUAUAUAUGCAAAAUAUCUCACUUUAUAAGUGUCUGGAUUUUUAAAAUACACGAGAAAGGAUAUAAAAAAAAAUUCUUAUCUGUGUUGGCUUCGGGCUCAUAGGUAACAGGAGAAAAAUUAUGAUGAGUUGUUAGUAUAGUGUUUUAACUGGAAUAGAGAACCGAGAUUUACCUGAGAGGGGUGGUCCGAUACCUACGUAUAAUUCCCUACCAAGCGAUGAUCGUAAAUCAAUUAACGAGUAGGAUCCGCAUCUCAUCGAUUGGAGAGCGGGAUACUUGAUUUGGAAUUAAAUCUGUUUGCGGGCUGACAUAAAAGGAUAAACAUCUUCAAAAGUUCUCGGACAAGAACAUAAAUGUAUUAUUGCACGGUUAUGGUGAAGGCACGAGGGACGAGGGAGGAAUUAACGAGACGCUGUAUUGAUUUCUGAUGCUAAUAAAGUCAAGAGGAAAAGAAAAAAAAAAGCGGAGUUAGUUUGAAACUGUUGAUACUCGUUGGACGAGGUGAGCGUUUAUCACCUUUCUCGUCUUUCAAUAUGUCGAACACGUAUGAGAAAGUCCUGAAUGUGAUAUCCAAACCGCCGGCUUUCCGACAGGACUUUGAGAUCCAAACUCUGAUGCCAUGGCUCAGGAAACAGUCGCAGUUAUUUUCACAACUCAGAACCGAAUAUUUGAAAGAUAUAAUACGAAACUGCGGACAAGUCACGUUCAACAAAGAUGACAUCAUCAUCAAGCAAGGAGACCAGGGAGACUGUUUCUACAUGAUCCUAGGUGGUAAAAUUUCCAUCUAUGUACUGAACAAGAAGAGCGAGGAGGGGGAUGAAACCGUACCCCUGGACCAGAUAGGGGCCCUCAACGAGAAGGGUCAACUCGACAGGUCAAAACUAGGAAUAUUUGUCACUCAUCUAGGUACAGGAGUGCCGUUCGGAGAUGUGGCGUUAAUGUCCGAAGACUGUGUCCGGACGGCCACGAUCAUUGCCGAAGAAGUUACGGAUUUGCUCGUGGUUGACCGGGCCUUGUACAACCGAGCCGUCAAAGAGGUGCUAGCCAAGGAAUACGAGGACAAGGUAGCGUUUAUCAACAACAAUCCCCUGUUUUCUGCCUGGACUCCCCGCUACAAGAAACAGCUGACCAUGGCGAUGUACAAAGAAGAGUUUACUUACAAUACGACUCUGGUAAAACAAGGAGAUCCCGUAGAAGUUAUUUAUUUUCUAAUAAGAGGUCACGUUGAGCUGCGCACUGACCCCGCCAUGCAUCCAGUGCAGUACCCCAAAAUCUACCUCGAUACCAUGAACGAAGGGGAAAGGUUAUUACGAAGGGACAAAGUUCGACCCCCUACGGAACCCCACUACAACAAUAGUACUCAGCUCCGGAAAAAGGAGAACCACAAGCACGUGAAGAUGUUCCUGUUGGGUCGGAACGAGAGCGUGGGGGAGUUAGAGAUACUUUUAGGAAUGGACACUUACAUGCAGACGGCCGUGUGUACGGAGAAAGUGGACGUGUUAGUGCUAGAAAUGAAACAUUACGAGAGACUGUUCGUCAAGCGACACCAAAGGACUAUAGAAGACAUGCGCAAGAUCCUGGAAGUCAAGCUGGAGACCAGAAUGGACCUCCUCGCCAAUAAAUCCGAAAUUCCAUUUCUUCCUCGCGUGAAAACGAAACUAAACAUGAUGAACAACCCUCAACCCGUGGCUAAAAAGGAAAAAGAGCUUCCAUCCAAGAAAAUGGCGGAGAGAGAGUUUCUGAACCAUAAAGGACCACUGAUUGAUAUGUACGGUCCAGGGAGUGUGUUUUAUAUGAUACGUGUGCGCGAAAAAACUAAAGUUAAAGGAUUUGAUUCCAGGGAUAAAAGAAAUAAUAAGCAUAUCAAUAAUAAGUCCAACGAAAAUGAACACUUACAUGCAAUCAAGGUUCCCCAGACUCUUGUGCUAGCCGCUCAAAUGGCAGGGGCCAAAAAAGACAAAGAGGUGCUAUUUGAUAAACAGGACCUCGAUACUACCUCAGUUAGGACUGUCAGUUCAAAGGGAAUUCAUUUCGGUUCAAAGUCUUUCCGCAGAGUUCAAAGUGCAAUCAAACCAGACGACGAAAACAUGGUGGUCAAUUCAGACAAUUUUCGGGUCGAAGACGACCAGGAGACAAUUAGGUCAUGGCCGCACGAGACUCGGUACGGAACUUCUGUGUCUUUCAUGGACGCCGAAGAUGACGUCACUUUGUCAAAAUUGGAGAGCAAAGUACGGAGCUGGUUGAGCCAUGGAAACCCCAAGAGUGGGCCUCAAGUAGCUCAGCUCCGGCGCCUUGCUGUGGAGGAUUUAGAUAAUGUACCAAAACCCGGUAAUAGAGUAGUUGUGCACAAGCGCAGUCGAUCUACCCACAGUUCUAGUAGCGGAAAUGACGCAGACAGUAUGGCAUCCAAGCAAGAGAAAGAAUCGCCUCGACAGGAUGAAAAACUUGACAAAUAUCGGAUUCUCCUUGCUCACUAGCGCAUUAGCUAGCCUGAAAGAUAUUUACCCAUUCUUAUGUUAUGUUAAUAUCUUUAUAUUCACAGUGAUUUAUAUAUUAACUCAGUGCAACUUUUCUGUGUUGGUAACAAUUGUACUUCAACGACUACAGCAUAGUUUUAUUUCUCUUCUUUGAUACAAAUACUAUAGUAUUGCACAAGGACAGUAAACAAAUAUCGCUAAUAGUUUAAGGUCAGUCUGUAUAGAAAAAGAAAAAACUGGAAUUUCUCAAAUACAACAUGUAUGUGCAAGUUAAUUCAAUGGAAAAAGUACGCUAAUAAAUAAAAACUUUGAUAAUUAUGCACAU